UGCAGAGGGUGUGGCACGCACUAUGGCGAGCGCGACUUGUGUAAACAAGAGUCAAGGAAAGAGUAGAUAUCUUCUUCGUAUUGAUAAAUUGAUUGAUAUUAUCAAAUUGCUCAAAACAUGUGAAUUUUCCAUGACAAAAUGGCCUCUGCUUGGUUUGAAUCUUGGACUACUGAAGAACACAUUGGAAACCAUUAAAAAAGAUAAUGAUACAACAUCAGAUUGUGUAACAGAAUGUCUCUCCUACUGGUUGCGCAGAGCAGAUAAUGUUGAAAUGAGAGGAGGAACUACUUUGGAAUCUCUUUUAUGUGCUCUGAAAUCCAUGGAUGAGAUGGCUGUAGCUGAUAAUUUAUCUAAUAAAAAACCUAGUUUUUUAUCUAUGUGUAUUUUCAAUGAUCAUCAUGAUCUCCUCUCUCAGUCUCUUUGUGAUCCUGUUGGUGUUGCCAGGAUGCUCUGUCAAGAGGAUACGAUAAAAAGAGAAGCAUUAAAGAGCAUCGAGUCAGCUAGUCCCCCCUCUGUUUCAAAGCAGCGUGAAACCCUUUUAGCGACCAUCAAAGAAAAGAUUCAAACUGAUCAUAGUUCUCUUCAGACAUUUGCUAGUGUGUUAUGUAAGUUUCAUCCUAAUGUAAAAUUAGGCAACACUAUUAAUGAAGACUACGCUAAAGAAUUUCUGGAUGACAGUCAAGUGAUAUGGCAAAGUGAUAUUACAUCAUCAGCACUAUCUGAAGUUACACCUAGCACACUAGAAAUUCUUAUUCCUGUUCCACGAAGCCUGAGUUCUGAGUUUAAUUCAGUGCGAGCAUCAUUUAGUAUAAUGUUCUCUAAAGUACAGAAAGUUGUGACAGAUAACAAUCCAUCACUCAAUGAGUUAAAGAUUCUUCUAGUAAAUUAUGAAUCUGAACUUGAGGCACAGCUAAAUGAGAUUUUUACACUGCCUCCUGUAUUUAUUUUAAUAAGGAAAAACUGUAGUCUUAUUGAUGUUGAAAUUCUUAAAGCUGUUGUAAAUCACUUUGAGAUCGAGGAAGCUCAUAAAUACAUUAAGGAUUACAAAGAAAUGGUAGAAGAGUCUUGUAAAGCUUUCUCAAUUGAUUUAUGCUUGAAUGAAAGAUUUGAAGUUAUAGAAGCUGCACCUUUUUUGAAAUGCGAAACAGCUAUUUUUGUUUUUGACUGGGAGCCAAAGGAACAUGUGCUGAAGGAUAUAAUGGAUAUUUUAUCAAAAGCAUGUGGUAAACUAGUAAAAAUACGGUUCAUCAACAAAGGGAACUCAAUUACUGUCACGUGUUUCUUUUCUCUCUCUCUUGCUGGAGUUGUUAUUGUGAAAGCAACUGAGAAUCUUGAUAUACUAAUUCAGAAUGGUUUAAUGAAGCUUACUAUCGGGUACUGUGUAGUAUGGAAGACAAACAAGCUGCAGCAACCACAGGAAAAGAAAAUUGCUGAAAGCCAAGAUGCCAAGGUUCUUUUACAUGAAGCUCACUGUUGCAAAGAAGUCGGGCUAAUUCUAAUGACAACUAGAUCUACCACAUUCCUUUCAUCUCAGUUACUCAAGUUUUCCAUAAAAAAGUUUUGCCAGAGAUGCACAGAUUUUCCAGAAAGCAUAAUUGGAUCAAAAAGAUUCAGUUUAUUAGAAGCAAUAAUAAUUGCUGUGAAUAUUGGAUGCACUGAUGAACUUCCAAUCAUGAAUAAGAUAUGCAUUGAUUUGGAACAGCUAUUUCAAUGUGCAAUGGCAAGAAUCCCAUAUAUAACCAAUUCAACUGAGAGGUUGAAAGUAAUGGAAUUUCUUUUUGUUCUUUCAGACGUUCCUAAAAGUGGAUUUUUAUCUCAAUUCCCAAUACCCCCAAGCUCUUUACUAAAUUUACGAUGGCUCAUAAAGCACAAAACCUGCUCUUUUCGUUUGUGUAAGCAAUUAUUGCAAAAUGGCCUGAAAAUAAUUGAUCAAUCUAUUUCUCAAGAGGAAAUUCUCAAAUCCCUGGAUGAUGAUACUUGUGCUCUUGUUCUAGAUUGUUACAAAAAAAAUUUAGGCACACAAUCAAUUAAUACAGCAAUACAAAACAAGAAACCCAAAACAGCCUCUGUAUUGAUUGAAAAAUUAGCAAGUCGAGAUGAUAAGAAAACCAUGUUAAAGGGAGUUUUUCGAAAUUUUGAUGAUAAUCUUUUAAAAGUUUUUUCUUCUGAGUGCAGCCCAUUGCUAAGAGGCCUACUUUUAAAUGUAAUUGUAUUCUCUUCAUCCGAGAAAGAUGACAAGAAAGUUAAAGCAAUUAAAGUUGUUAUUUCCAGUACUAGUGACCUAAAAAUUGCUAAAGACCUCGAUUUAAGAGAAAUGUUUCGAAAUCGCAGCUGUUUAUCAUUUUUCCUAUUGUAUCCAAUUCUAUUGAAAAAAUUAUUAAGCAUUGGUCUGAGAAUUAACAAUCAUGAAAAAGAAUUAGUCAUAUUACUUUUGCACAAUAAAGAUAUUGCUAAAGCAAUUGAUGUUAUAUGCAUCCUCCUCAAUCAUGGAGCUGAUGUUGGUAUGCUAAAAUCUGCUUACACUGGCAGAGGAGAAGGCAGUGCAAUACUGGGAGCAACAGAACUUGCUGUUAAAGCUGGAGACCCCACUGUAUUGAAAAUAGCAUUGGAAAAGACUGGCCGUGGUGCUGAUGAAUGUCAACGAUUAAUCGAUAGUUUUAAAAGGAACAAACAAAAGAAUCCUUCUAAUGAAUUAGAAGUCAUUUGCCAACCUGCAAAUGCACAUGUACCACGACGUACAAUGCCAGAGAAUAGAGCUGAGCAAGUUAAUAAUAGUGCUGAUCAAGUUAAUCGUGGCGUUGAUAUACAAGAUGGUGUCGUCAAGCAGCUACAUGAUGAAGUGAAUCACCUUUUAGGAAAAGAUUCAGAUUACUUCAAACUAAAUAAGGCCUGUAAGGAGGAUGAUGAUGAUGACGAUCAUGAUGAUGAUGAUGACAAUGAUUAUAAUGAUGAUGACAAUGACAGUGAUGGGAAUGAAGAAGCUCUAUCUUCUUCAUGCACCUCAGAAUUAAAAACUGAUGUUACUGCUGAAAUAAGCACACCUUUAUCAGCAGGUCUUCACACUCAAGCCAUUGCUAAUGUAGAGUUUGGCAAUGAUAAAAAUGAAAUGAAUUUUCGCGAUCUUCCUUGGGCUAUAUUUAUCAGUAAGCAAGUUGCUGACUUUUUAAAGUCCAAAAAAUCAUCUAGACGUGUUGUUAGCCACAUAAAAAAGAAAUUGUAUGCUUUGGGUGAAGGGAAUCGAGGAAAAACUCUUUGUCAUAGAUGCAUUGAACAAGAGGACAACCUUUAUGAAACAGAACUUUAUACUGAGGCUCGUAUUAUAUGGCAUGAAACAAUAGAAUAUUCUGAUGAAUUGUCCACAAAUGAUGAAAAAAUUUAUACGGAUGUCAUCAGAGUGUUAUGGGUUACAACUAGACACACCAAAACCCAACUGAGUGAUGUUCUACAAAAGAUCAAGGCAGCUUUGGCUAAGUCUAGGAUCUCAACCUCAUUUAAGGACCUACAGAUACAACCAGAAGCCAAACAUAAACAUCCACAUGAAGGUCUGAAAUAUCCACGAAGAUUUAUUGAACGACUGUCACAGUCACUCAGUCCAUUGCCAAAGAGUGAUGAAGCAGAAAAUUUUUACCGCCCAUUUCCAAAUAUUUUUGGUGGUGAAUACAGUCUUAUGCAGUUUCAUCCAUUUCAUGAGUUUCUUGAUGCAUAUCUUUCUAAUAAUUCCUCAAAUUAUGAGACGUCAAUUUGUAUGUCCCCACAAGAGCAAGAGAUUGUAAAGCUUCCCUAUAGAAAAGAGCCAGUCAUUUUAUGUGGCAGGAGUGGUACAGGCAAAACAACAACAUGCAUUUAUCGUAUGUGGAAUGAGUAUAAAGUAUUUUGGGAGAAGUUUCUUGAUACUCUUCAAGUUGAUACUGAUGGAGUAAAGCAAGAUGAAUAUCUGCAUCAAGUUUUCAUUACUAAAAGCCCUGUACUCUGCUCUCAAGUUAGAAAGCACUUCGAAAAAUUAAUCAAUGGGUGUCCAAAGCUACAAAAAUUGUGGUCUAGCCCUUCAGUUAUUUCACACAAGUCACUGGCUAAUUAUUGUCCUCGUAAAGGCUUCCCAAUUUUUGUUACGUCAAGGCAAUUUCUUCUACUACUUGAUUUAACAUUGACAGAUGGGAAGCCUUUUUUUGAUCGAGAUCACAAGAAUAACAUUGCUGUAAAGCUAUAUAACUCUGAUUACAAUCAUAACAGUAAUCCCGAUGGUCUUUUUAGUGAUGUACAUAUAGUUGCAGGCAACCCCACUAACGAUGACGAUGAUAAGCAUAAGAAGAAGUGGAUAGAAGUUACUGCUGACUUUUUUUGCAAGCGAGUCUGGAUCAAGUGCCUUAAAUCAAAAUAUGGAAGACAAUUUGAUGAUCCACUUCUCGUGUGGAUGGAAAUACAAUCAUUUAUUAAAGGAUCGGCAAAAGCAUUAGAGUCUAAAGAAGGUUUUAUUAGCAAAGACGAAUACAUCAAAAUUGGUAAAAAAAUGGCUCCAAAUUUUGCUGAUGAAAGGGAUGAAAUUUAUCGAUGCUUUUUAGAGUAUAGAAAUAUCCUCUAUCAAGGAGCUCAUCUUUUUGACUGUGAUCGUUUAUUUGAUGAAUCAGAUAUUAUUUUUAAUUUAUUCACACGGCUUUCAAAACAAACCAAAUUGCAAAAAUUGUGGCAUAUUGAUCAUUUUUAUAUUGAUGAAGUUCAAGAUUUCACUCAAGCCGAAUUUUCUCUUUUGCUCUAUUGUUCAAAUAGUCCGAGUGGGACAUUUUGCACAGGUGACACUGCUCAAAGUAUUAUGAAGGGGGUCUUUUUUCGAUUUGAAGAUUUGAGGUCUCAAUUUUGGACACUUAGCUGCUCACCAACAAGCCUUUCUAAAGUUCCAGAGUUAAAAAUGUUGACUGAUAAUUUUCGAGCACAUUCUGGUAUUUUAAGUAUGGCUCAAGCAAUAAUUAAAAUGAUGACUGUUUUUUUCAAGAAAUCAUUUGUCGACCAAGUGCCUCCUGAAAGACCAAUGUUUGAAGGACCGCAGCCUAUUCUUUUGAGCGUGGAAUCAGAAAAAGAACUUACAUCAAUUUUAUUAGGAAAUGCUAGUAAUGAAUAAAGUCAAAAGGUUGAGUUGGGGGCACACCAAGCUAUUAUUGUUCGCUCUGACGAAGCAAAAAGGAAGCUCCCUGAAUCUCUUAAAGAUGGAAUUGUCUUAACUGUGUUGGAAGCUAAAGGACUUGAGUUCAAUGAUGUCUUGCUGUAUAAUUUUUUUCAAGAUUCAGAGGUUCGCAAAGAAUGGCGUCUGUUUUACAAUAAUUGUGAAUUUAUCGGUGAAGAAGAUACAAAGCACCGGCCUCUGGGUGAAGUGGAGGAAAGAAAAUUGAAAUCACUGCUAGCAGAACUGAAGUAUUUGUAUACUGCCAUUACUCGAGCAAGAGUCAAUUUGUGGGUGUAUGACGAGUCACUUGAACAUCGGGAGCCAGCCUUUCAUUUUUGGUCAAGUCAAAAUUUGGCAAGAUUGAUCAAUAUAAGUGAAGCAGAAAAAGAUGACCUUUUAUUUGCUGCUCCAUCUGAAAAGGAGCAGUGGUCAAAACAAGGAGACUUUUACUUCAGAAUAAGGAGGUGGGAUGUAGCUAUGACUUGUUAUGAAAAAGCAGGGUUAAGUUAUCAAGUAAAUGUUACGAAGGCUUACAAGUUGUCAGAACAAGCAAGAACACAGCCAUCAGUUAGAUCUAUGCAUAAGUGCUAUACAGAAGCAGCUUUGGCUUUCCUUGCAGCAGACAGUCACUCCCACAAAAUAGAAUAUAUAGACAAAGCUAUUUAUUGCUUAAGAAAGAGUGAGCAGCAUGAAUUAUUGGCAAAACUUCUAGAAAAAAUGGAAAAGCUUGAACAAGCAGCAAAAGAAUGGGCUAAAGCUGGCAAGUAUUUAGAGCAAGCAAGAGUUCUUGAAAUGUUGGAAGAUUACUCAGGAGUCAUAAGAGCUUAUGCUAAAGGAAAGAAAUACCAAAUCGCUCUCCAAAAAGCUGUACAAUUUGAGAGAAGUGGACAAAAACUUGACUUGGAUGUGAAUGCACAGCAAAUAGCAAGUGAUUUUGCUAGGAUGAAAGUGCAUGAAGGAGACCAGGAAUCUCUUCGUAACAUAGUAACAUUUAUAUCUGAUGGAAUGGUUAAAGCAGAUUUUUUAAAAGAAACAGGUUUGUUUGUUGAAGCUUCUGAAGAGUUACGAAAAGAACGGAAAUUUGUUGAAGCAGUUCGCAUUUUGAAGGCUCAAGGGAUGUUUAAAGAAGGGCUGGAGCAUUUUAAAAAUGAUACCACAAUCAGAAGCAUGUUUAAUCUUUGUAUUGCUGCACAACAAAUAAUAGAAGAUCAAUUCUUUGAUGAUCCCUUAUUAAAUGAUCUCACUAAAUGUAAAGAUUUAUACUGUAAAUCCCGAUCUGAAUUGUUGUGUGGUAAAUUCAAAGAUGACACAAAAUACCUUAAAAGAGCCAUACAAUCUUUUAAAGAUAAUAAAGAUUUACCUGGAAGAAUAAUAGCCAUGUAUCAUUCUUUAAUCGCACAAAUUGAAGGCAACCAGUUAGAUAAGUGUGAGUUUUUGAAUGCUGUGAAGGAAAUCAAUGAUGCCAGAGAGGCAACUCGUGCUUUUAUUGACGGAAAAGCAACCAAAAAGCAAAGAAAUUUUAUGUAUGAUGUGUUCAGGCUAUAUGACAUUGAAGAAGAGGAGGCCUUUUACUACACAACAAAAAUUUCCAGAGCAUAUGCAAAGUUCACCACUGAUUUAGAUUUAGAAAUUGAUGAUACAAAUAUAGAUGGUAUGUUAGUCCUUGACAAAGAAAAGGUGCAAAUAGCCAUAAUUGCAGUGUUUGAUCAAAUGCAUCAUACUCUUUCUAACUCACCUUUUGUUCAAAGUCAGUUCAAAAAACUACUGCAUUCACUCUUCACGUGCAAUAAAGAUUUUCAAGCUGAGUCUUUUAAGCGUUAUUAUGAUGAUGUAAGAUAUCUGUUCAGAUUUUGUACUUUGUUUCCUGACAAUGAUCUUGAUGUAGAAGAAAUCACUCAUGUAGAAAAUUUCGUUUUUUCCAUGUUUUCUCUAUCUUCUGAAAUGCUAUCAUACCUUAUCUCAAAUAUUGAUGAUAGUCAGUCAGACUAUUUCUUGAAUAUUGCUUGUAAAAAGAUUAAUUCUCCUAAUUCUUCACUUGAAUGCUAUUUCUCAGCAUGGGCAAUGCUAAUAAAAUUUCAACAUCCAGAAGAUGCAAAUAGGAAAUUGAGAGAUAAUUUUAAAACAAAGGAAGAAGAUGGAGAUGGCCUUGUAAUUCCUUAUCCAAAGAAAAAAACUCAUGUGUUCUUCUGGUGGACUUAUGCAUGUAGGCAAUUCCGUGAUGGGCAAGUCAUUGCUGGCUGCAAUACAGUGAUGCAUAAUCUGUUGUAUCGCUUUCCUCAAAUAAAAAGUUAUGUAUCAAUCUCAUCAAUUACAUUUGUCGUAUCUCAAAUGACAACCAUGUUAGUCAUUGCAAUAAAUAGCUCACCGUUCAGUCAGCUAGUCAAAUUUAUUGUGCCUAAAGUAUAUGAAAAUGCAUGUAUCACUUUUGGUAAACUGAAUAAUAUGAAUAUGUCUAUAUGUUCUUCUACUGGUGUAGCUUCAGACAGUUUUUCUCAGUCCAUUCAACAACUUACUACAUUGCUUGAUUUUAUGAUUGGUGAUGACAAAGGUCAAGUAGGGAUCCUACAAAUGGCACUAUCUUCAGAAGUAAAUCUUAAUGAUGGAAGUGCACAAAGUUUUCUUACUCUUUGCUUAGUAUUGGCUGCUAAUUUGUAUUGUUAUCCUAACAUUACUCACAAUAUGUAUCCUCGGCUUCUUAUUAUACAGAAGGAAUUAAAGAGGCACAGGCAUCAUAGUUUUGUUGACAAGGCUUAUUGUAUUCUUCAGACUGCAAAGAAUGUAGGAGACAUUUUUUCACUCAUUACUGGCCUCUCAUCUCGUUUGGUAUGCCCUUUUGUUGUAUGGAAAAGUAUUAAUUUUAAGCCCGUUCCUCCUGGAAAUACGUAUCCACAAAUAAAGCGAUUGGUCAUUAUUGAGGAUGAAAAAGAGCAGAAUGAGCUUCAGAUUGAUGAUGACAUUGACAGUACAGUAACCCCUAGUAGCCAUGUCACCAUUGAGAAUGAGUAUAGUCCUGAUUUUGAUGAUGUUGACAAAGACACAGAAGAAGAUAUUAAAUUUGAAAUAAAGAAUGGCAUGUUGGAAGAUAAUGAAUGUCAGGUGUGUGGAACCAAGUUUUCAAAUAGUAAAAGUGAUGGACAGAAGGUGUACUAUAUGAGUUUGAAGAGUCAUUUUGAAAGUCACGAACAUGAAGAGAAAGUUAAAAGUUUCAAUGAGUUUACUGAAGCUAUGCAAGUUGCAGAAGAUUUGUACAAGAAUGUAAAGAAAGAUUUGGAGAAAUAUAGACAAGUUUUUUUGAAUCAAUCUCAUUUAAAGUCGUUGAUAUCGAGGCAUAAAGGUGUCAUAGAAAAAAUUAGAGAUUUGAAACAGUUGUUUGAGUGGGUUAAUUGUAUUAAGAUUCUUAAAAAAUACAUGGAAUAUCUUCAGAAUUUAUCAAUUGAAAAACCAAAUAUAUCAACACCAGAUGAUGAUGGUGAUGAUGAAGUGGCUGAAUUGAAUUUACUGCCACCUGAUGAAGAAGAGAAAUGGACAAAAGAAAGCAAAAAUGCACGUAAAUGGGAAUAGACUUACCACGCACUGCUUAGUAGACUAUGUCUAGUAUAGCUAUUUUUAUAUAAACAUAGUUAUAAUAAACAGUAUUUUUGUAGCAUUCACAAAGCAGUUUUUAUGCCUAAAUUUGAAUUUAAUAUAGUGUUUAGUUUUUAUAAAUAUUUGCUUCCAAAAGCACCCUUA